UGAUUUUCUAUACUUUCGAGGGUCUCUAGGCAUAACGACCACAGUCAAUAGUAAUAGCAGUAAUGACAGAAGAUAUGGAUCAUUUCAACAAAUAUUUUCAAAGAUCUGUCUCAGUAUCAACAAAACCCAAUGUGAAUAAUUAACAUACCGUUGAAUAGUUCUUCCACAAUCAUGUCAACUCAAAUUUCUACGCAGAUUCGAGUUUUAGAAUGUCGUGUCUGUGAAGAGGUCUUCACAGUUGACGGAGCCAAAGUGCCUCGUUUACUACACUGUGGUCACACGGUGUGUCAUUCUUGUUUACUGCGUCUACGUCCAUGUGUGUCGGACCAGGAGUUUUUGCUAUGUCCAUUUGAUAGACAGCCAACGGCGAUUAAAGAGGAUGGAAUUUACAGUUUGAAAAAGAAUUUUGCACUUAUCGAGCUCUUAGAGAGGCUGGAGGAAUCCACUUGCAAUAAAAAUAAAGCAUUAGAACGAGAGAGAUCACAUUCUACUCAGUCUUGUGAUGAAGAUGAGAAGCACAUUGCUGUUUUGUACUGCACAGUUUGUACGACUCAUUUGUGCGACGCCUGCGAUGUUAUUACUCACUCAACAAAAACUCUAACAAAACACAGGCGUGUACCGUUAUCGGAAAAACCAAGGGAAAAACCUAAAUGUCCUACUCAUAACAUACAUAUUGCCGAAUUUACCUGCACACAAGAAGGGUGCAAUAGCGCCUUAAUGUGCUAUCUUUGCAGAGAUUAUGGGAGGCACAGCACUCAUAAGCACAGUUUGGUUGAGACAGAAGCAGAAAAUAUCAGAGUUUCCAUCAUCACUGCGAUGCAGAAAAUGACCCAAUUCAUGGAGAGUAUGAGGGAUACUGCUCAUAGGAUAGAGAUCGUAGUACAAGAAUUGGAAGGCUGGGCAAUAGAAGAUGCCAAGUUACGAGUGAAUCAGCAUUUUGAAGAGCUCCGAUCUUUGUUGGCAGAGCAAGAAAAAGCAGCAAUAGCAUGCGUUGAUGCAGAGACUAGAGAAAGACUAUGCACGCUCCGAGAAUUGCAAGAAAACCUGACAUCCACAAGAUCUCAAGUUGCUGGUGUGUGCAUUCAGUGGGAGAGUCUACUGGGGUCCGAAGAUUGGAAGUUGCUGAGCAGUGCAAGAGAAGUAGCAGAAGUUCUUACUUCCCUAGAACAACAGCAGCAACAAUAUGCUCAACUUGGUCCUGAUUUACUUACACCAGAGUCUUCUAUUCCGAUAAUUUUUAGCAGGGACAACAGAGUACAUAUUGGAACAAAAAUUGAAAUGCGAGUGGUGAUACUGGGCUUAGAUGGCGCUGGAAAAACAAGUAUUUUGUUCGCUAUGAGAGAUAUGGCCUUGGGCAGCCCUCCGAUUCCAACCAUUGGCUUUAACGUUGAGAGCUUAGAAUAUAAGAACUUGGUCUUCGCACUCUGGGAUGUAGGAGGUCAACACAAAUUAAGACCAUUAUGGAAACACUAUUAUCAUAAUACUCAAGCAGUAGUUUUCGUUGUUGACGCAAGCGACAGAGCGAGGUUUGAGGAGGCGCAGAAGGAACUUGCAAAAAUAGUCAGUGAACGAGAACUCAAAGACGCGUUAUUGUUGAUUUACGCCAACAAGCAGGACGUACCCGGUUGCGCAUCGGUAGAAGAGCUGACCGAAAUUCUGUCACUGCAGAAGUUCUGUUGCGGAAGAGCAUGGCAUAUCGAGGGAUCUUCGCCACUGACAGAUGCUAGUAGUCUGGUACAAGGAUUGGAUUGGCUCACGCAGCAAUUGGGCGCGAAUGAAGCACCUUACACGAAUAAUAACGUCACGUAAAAUAGUCACGACGUUUGUUCUUAUUUAUUUUUUAUUUAAGUAUAUAAUUUAUAUAUUUAAUUAUGAGUUGAUAAAUUACGAGCAAUGCUAGUAGACACGUCAAGUCUCCGAUUUUUCCUGAUUUGUAAUCGAAUAAUGUCAGUAAAAUACGCGUAAUUUAGGUACUGCACUAUCAUACUUGGAAGAAAAAUAUAGUGAUUUAUCUCGAAAAAACCUAAUCGUUGUUCUUCGC